CGGCCGCGCCGUCGUGCCGGCUCACUGCCCUUUGCGCUCCUUCUCGUACGACUGCUCUCCUCCCCCCAACGAAGCUGCCCCUGUGCAAGACAUCAGAUUGGGAACACGUACGCAGAUUGCAGGAUAGGUUUCACAUUCAGAAUUUCAAAAAAUGGUCGUGCUGUUCUUUAGUCUGGCCGGCCCAGUUUCUUCUGAUCAGCUUCGCCACUGUAAUCAGGGAUGCUAAGAAAGGGAAAUAAUAUCCCGUGAUUCUCGAGAAAGAGACGUCCCCACGACCGUACCAAGAUCAACACCCAUCGUCCUCUCAUCGUUUCUCCAUCUCUUUGGGGCCAUGGCAAAAAACUCCACCGCUAUCGCUAACCAUGGCCACAGCCUAUCAGAGACCUCGUCCAGAUGCUUCACGGAGAGCUUAACUGCCACCCACAAUUUCGAGGUAGCCUGUUACUCGCUGCUCGCCGGCAUGGGUGUUGGCAAAUACAUCAGCUCAUGCAUCUUCAGCGUUGGUGGCCACGAUUGGACUAUCAGGUUCUACCCAGAUGGCAAUAAUGCCGAGUGUGCCGGUAAUGCUUCAGCGUUUUUGUAUUGUUCCAGCCAACCGAAAGGUGUCAGGACCAAGUUCACCUUGAACAUGUUGGAAAAGGAGGGCAAAGUCCUAGUAACAAGCUUCGGCUCGUUGGAGCAUACCUUCUCUUCGCCAAUUGAUGAUUUUGGCUUUUCUAAAUUCGUCGAGAAAUCGAGGCUGCUGAAAUCAUCGUCGGAUGCCACAGGUGGUUACUUCACCAUACGUUGUGUUCUUACCGUGAUAAAAGAACCGCGAACAGAACUCAAGAGGAACCUUUUCGUGGUUCCGCGGCCAAAUCUGCAAGACCAUUUCCAGCAGAUGUGGAAGGAUGGACAAGGAGCAGAUGUGAAAUUCAGUGUAUCUGGGCAGUUGUUCAGUGCCCACAGAUACUUGUUAGCUGCACGGUCUCCGGUCUUCAAGGCGGAGCUCUUUGGUCCAAUGACUGAGAAGGCAACAGAAAGCAUCACGAUUGACGACAUCGAGCCACCAAUCUUCGAGGCGCUUCUUCACUUUAUAUACACAGAUUCUAUACUAGAUGAUUGGGACAGCACAGAAGGUAAAACUGCAAACAUGCAGCAUUUGCUGGUUGCGGCAGAUCGAUACAGGUUGGACAGGCUAAGAGUUAUCUGCGAAGGAAGGCUGCGUGACAGCAUCGACCUGGAAACGGUCGCAACCACGUUGGUUCUGGCAGAGCAGCACCACUGUAGAGAUCUCAAAGAAGCUUGCAUUGGGUUCAUGACCUCACAAAACAGGCUAGGAGAUAUCAUGGCAACGGAUGGAUUCAAGCAUCUGAUGGCAAGCUGCCCUUUGCUCAUGAAGGAUAUUUUAGAUAAGGUAUCCUGUGUCUUGAACGGCUAGUCUCGUUUGUCUAGAAAUUAAAUGAUCAUGUGAUCAGUAUUUUGUACUUAGUCUGUGUAAGGUUGAUUAUACCAAAUUUGAGAUUUCAGUCAU